AUGGGAGCCAUGAAGAGAAAGGCGGCGGAAGUGAGUUUAGUUUCAGGGGAGGAGAAAUGGAGAAGAAAGGUCGGAGCCCUGAAGAGUAAGCCGAAACCGGUGAGCUUUGGUUCCGGAGAAAAGUGGGUCCGAGGAAAAAAAAUCGGAGAAGGAGGCUUCGGUUCCGUGUUUGUUGCAUUCUCCAAGAGUCGCUAUAUGCCGAGAGCCAUGGCGAUAAAAUCGGCGGAAAUGAAUGAAUCCGAUUCCAUCCAGUACGAGCUUCAAGUGUACCAGGAAUUGGAUGGUGAUUCCUGCCCUUUCAUCAUCGAGCACUAUGGGGAAGAGGUUACUCUGAGUAGCAAAGGUGAAAAAUUCUACAACUUGGCCUUGGAGAUUGCUUGGGGAAGCCUUGCCGAGUGGAUCAAGGUUUCCGGUAAGGGGGGGUUGCCGGAAAAGGAGGUGAAGGGGUAUGCCGGUCAGAUACUCAAAGGGGUGAAACACAUGCACGAUUGUGGGUAUGUGCAUUGUGAUUUAAAGCCGGACAACAUAUUGCUUGUGGGGGAUGUAAAUGUGGAUGGAAAGCCUGUGUUUACGGCUAAAGUCGGUGACUUUGGCUUGGCUAAGAAGGAGGAGGAGGUUGAGGGAGGAUGGAGAGGCACCCCUAACUAUUUAGCUCCGGAGACUAUAACCGAAAAUAGACAAGAAAAACCUAGUGAUAUUUGGGCUGUUGGGUUAAUUGUGCUUGAAAUGCUAACCGGAGAGCGUGCCCGGCAUCUUUUCUACGAGAGUGAGACUGGUUGUUUCUGCAUUGUUGACAGAAGAAUGAAGCCCGAAAUUCCGGAUACACUAUCGACAGUUGCUAUGGAGUUCAUUGACUUUUGCUUGGAGGAAGUACCGGAGCAUAGAUGGACAGCUGAAGAGCUUCUGUCUCUUCCUUUUGUGGCAGCUGUUAGAUAG